AUGAAGAGAUCAACCUCGGACAGUGGGAAUGCUAAGAAGGCCGCUAGAGUAGAUCCAGGACCACAGGCUCCAGGACUGAGUCGAAGGAGCCUCAGUUACUCCAUUGAGGCGGAUCCCUCGGAGGACCCAUCGACAAUUCCUCUAGAGUUUUUGAAUCCCAAGGAGGAGGAACCCCCAGAGGACAGUUAUGACACGGAUCGGUCUGAGUAUUUGUCUAGGACACCGGAGGAGGAUAUCCCUGAGGCCGUACCAGCUGCUCCUAUGGCAGAGCACUAUGUUAGACCAGCUACCCCGGUGAAGGCCGAGUUGGAGACUCAGUUGGAUCUCAAUACAGCUCUUCAUCCUCAUACAAAUGAUGGAACAGGAGGAGUAACUGGAGGUGUUGUGGCUCUCCGGAGCUUCUCAGGUGGUGGAGGAGUCGGAGAUGGCUGGGAGGGUGUCUCACCUUGGACAUUUAAUGAUGUGCGAAAACUUGCUAUCAAUGUUGAACAGCAACAAAAGGAUCCGAAAAGAUCUUACCCCAAGAAGAACUAUUCUAACCAGGGGAAUAAUAAUAUUGGUGCUGGGAAUUCCAAGGCAAUUCAUAGAGGUAAUUCUUCUAAUUCAACUAAUGCUAAGAGUGAUGAGAAGAAACCUCAAAGGGAUUCAACUUGGAGAAAGUGUUUUAAGUGCCACGGUUUUGGCCAUCUACAAGCUGAUUGUCCCAAUCGAAAGCCUAUUAUGAUAGUUGAGGAAGAAGAUGGGGCUGAUCAUGAAGACAACCAAGAAUCUGAUCAAGUUGAUGAGGAACGUGAGGAUGCCGAAAUUGAAGCCGAUGAAGGUGCUUGUUUAGUUAUUCAGAGAAGCUUACAUGCUGGACAUAGAGAUGAAGAGUCUUGUCAAAGAGAAACACUUUUCCACACUAGGUGUACUUCACAUGGCAAGGUAUGUUCUGUGAUUAUUGAUGGUGGAAGUUGCACUAAUGCUGUUUCGGAAGAGAUGAUGACUAAAUUGGGUUUGAAGACUGAGAAACAUCCCAAGUCUUGCAACAUUAAAUGGUUACAAGAUGGUGGAGGUAUGAAGAUCACAAAAAGAUGUUUGGUCUCUUUUUCAAUCGGUAAAAUCUAUAAAGACCAGAUUUGGUGUGAUGUAAUGAGUAUGGAUGCUUGCCACUUAUUACUUGGCAGACCAUGGAAAUAUGAUAGGCGUGCUCAUCAUGAUGGAUACCUUAACACCUAUUCAUUUAUUGUUGAUGGACGUAAGAUAACUUUGAAACCAUUGCACCCAAGAGAGCUUAAUAAGAAGACCAAACCCAUGGGUGAUGAUGCCCUAUUGACCAGAUCACAAGUUGUUGGCCACAUUAAUAAAGGAGAGCCAUUGUAUAUUGCAAUAGCUAUAGAAGACUCACAAGAGGAGGAGAAAGAGUUAGAUGCACGAGCCAAAAAGCUACCUACUAAGUUUGAUGAUGUGAUCUCUGAGGAUGUCCCAUUAGAACUUCCACCUAUGCGUGAUAUUCAACAUCAAAUUGACCUUAUACCUGGGGCUUCUUUGCCGAACAAAGCUGCUUAUAGGAUGAAUCCUACACAACAAGCUGAACUCCAAAGGCACGUUGAAGAGUUACUAGAGAGGGGUUUAAUAAAAGAGAGCCUUAGCCCUUGUGCUGUACCUGCUUUGCUUGUUCCUAAGAAAAAUGGAACCUGGAGGAUGUGUGUUGAUAGCCGGAGUGGAUAUCACCAGAUUCGUAUGAGAGAAGGUGAUGAAUGGAAGACUGCCUUCAAGACUACCCAAGGCUUGUAUGAAUGGUUGGUAAUGCCUUUUGGUUUGUCUAAUGCUCCGAGCACAUUCAUGAGACUUAUGACUCAUGUGUUUAGACCAUUCAUGGGGAAGUUUGUUGUUGUUUACUUUGAUGAUAUCUUAGUUUUUAGCAAGGAGGAAUUCGAACAUGAGAAACAUUUGGAGAAGGUUUUUGAAACCUUAAGAAGGGAGAAGUUGUAUGCACAACUCAAGAAGUGCAUCUUUUAUGCUGAUAACGUUUGCUUCCUUGGUUACAUAGUAACUAGUGCUGGUAUUCAAGCUGAUCCAAGCAAAAUAGAGGCAAUCUUAAGUUGGCCAACUCCUAGGUCAAUUUCAGACAUAAGGAGUUUUCAUGGAAUGGUGUCCUUCUAUAGACGGUUUAUUAAAGAUUUCAGCACGUUGGUUGCUCCUAUAACUAAGUGUUUGAAGGGAGGCAUAUUCAAGUGGAAUGAAGCUGCCCAAAAAAGUGUUGGCAUUGGAGGAGUCCUUAGUCAAGAAGGUAAACCCAUUGCAUACUUUAGUGAGAAGUUGGGUGGACCUAAGCUUAGGUAUUCCACAUAUGAGAAAGAGUUUUAUGCUAUUGUUCGAGUUUUGCAACAUUGGAGUCAUUACUUGCUGCCCAGAGAGUUUGUUCUAUAUUCUGAUCAUGAGGCGCUAAAGUAUCUUAAUCAUCAACAAAAACUCAACGCGAGGCAUGAAAAAUGGGUAGAGUUCCUUCAGAAUUUUCAAUUUGUGAUCAAGCACAAGGCUGGAAAACUAAAUCAAGUUGCUGAUGCUCUUAGUAGAAGACCAUGUGUGCUUUCCAUCAUGCAAACUAAUGUAUUCGGAUUCGACCAUAUUAAGGAACUUUAUGAGGCUGAUCCAGACUUUGGAGUCAUUUGGACGAGAUGCUUGGAAGGUCCACAAAGAAUGUUUUUGAUAAGAGAUGGUUUUCUUUACUAUGGCAAACAACUUUGA